AUGCACUCUUGCAAUUCUAUUAGUCCUUUCUUCCAAUCACUUUCAGAAGCUCGAGGUGCAGCAGCACCAGUGUUUCGACUUAUUGAUGAGGCACAAAACGUAUGCAUAAAUGAAAUGGACAUAUGGAAAGAAGAUAGAUUACAUGACGGAUUGGUUUGUGAUAUUAAUGGCGAUAUUGAAUUUAAGAAUGUUGACUUCAGUUAUCCAUCUCGACGAGACGUUUCUGUUUUGCGUAAUUUCACUCUCAUUGCUCGUGUUGGUCAGACAACUGCUCUUGUUGGUUCAAGUGGCUGUGGAAAAAGUACAUGUAUAUCACUUCUUCUUCGUUAUUAUGAACCUUCAUCAGGUCAAAUCACGAUCAAUGGUCGAUCGAUUCUAGAUUAUAAUCUCAAACAACUUCGACAAAACAUUGGAGUUGUUAGUCAAGAACCAAUUUUGUUUGGUAUGAGCGUUUAUGAAAAUAUUCGUUUUGGUAAAGUAAAUGCGACACGAACCGAAAUUGAAGAAGCAGCUCGUUUAGCAAAUGCACAUCAUUUCAUCACGCAACUACCAAAUAAAUAUGAAACACUUGUUGGUGAACGUGGACUGCAAUUGAGUGGCGGUGAAAAACAACGUAUUGCAUUAGCUCGUGCUCUUGUCAAACAGCCUAUAUUACUUUUGUUAGAUGAAGCGACAAGUGCACUUGAUAAUAUUAGUGAAAAAAUUGUUCAGGAAGCACUUGAUCGAGCAUGCAAAGGUCGUACUACUAUUGUAAUUGCCCAUCGUUUGAAUACAAUUCGAAAUGCUGAUUAUAUAUAUGUAUUAGAUAAUGGAAGAGUAAUUGAAGAAGGAACACAUGAAACAUUGAUGACAAACGAAGGAGGCAAAUACCGAACAAUGGUCAAAAGUCAACAAAUGAAAAGUAUAAAUGAUGAUAAAGAUGAUACAAUGAAGAUGAAAAAAGUGACAGAAGUAGAUGAGAAACGAAUAUUUGAACGAUCUCGAUUGCUUAGUGAUACUCAAGAUGUUGAUAUGAACAAAUAUACGGCUUUUGCCAUAUCGGGAUCGAAAUUGACGCAACGUAUCCGUUCAAAAGCAUUUGCAUGUCUUCUUCGUCAAGAAGUUGCUUAUUUUGAUCAACCUGAAAACACUUCUGGUGCAAUUUCUAUUCGUCUUUCUACUCAAGCAUCAGCCAUUCAACAAAUGCUUGGUACAAAAAUGUCUUGGAAACCUGCCAUAAUAAAUGCAGUAGUACGUGGUGUCUACUGGACAUCAAAUAUGUAUAUUUCGACAUUUCUGUAUUGGCGUGCUCUUAUUCUUGUUGAAAAGAAUGAAUUAGCGUUGAAUGAUGCUAUAAUAGUCUUUGCUUUUGCUAUUUUUAUGGGACAAGCCCUAAAAAUCGUCGAAAUAAUAACUACCCGUAUCAAUGCAUCAUUAUCAGCUGCUCAAAGUUUUUUUGAUUUAUUCGAUCGAACACCAACUAUCGACAAUACAUCUUCUAAAGGACGAAAACUAGUUAACUUUCGUGGAGAAAUCGAAUUUGAUCAAGUUAAAUAUUUCUAUCCAACUCGACCAACAUCUAUUGUUCUUAACAAACUUCAAAUGAGUAUCAAAUCAGGUCAACGUGUGGCUCUAGUUGGCCCAUCUGGAUGUGGAAAAUCAACAAUUAUUCAUUUGUUAGAACGAUUCUAUGAUGUCACACAUGGUCAACUACUUCUUGAUGGUAUUGAUAUUCGACAAUUAAAUAUUCAUUGGAUUCGUUCUCAUUUCGGGCUUGUUAGCCAAGAACCAAUUUUAUUUGAUCUAACAAUUGCUGAAAAUAUCGCAUAUGGAUUAGAAAAUAUUCCAAUGGAAAAGAUCAUCACUGCAGCAAUUAAAGCGAAUAUUCACGAAUUUAUUCAACAACUGCCUCGGGGUUAUGAAACAAAAGUAGGAAUGAAAGGAAGUUUUCUAUCAGGUGGUGAGAAGCAACGUAUUGCCAUUGCUCGAGUUCUUCUUCGUCAACCCAAAGUAUUGCUCUUAGAUGAGGCUACAAGUGCCAUGGAUUCAUACAAUGAACAAAUUGUACAACAAACUCUUGAUCAAGCUCAAGCAGAAGAUCCUAGUCGAAUAUCACUCAUUAUCGCUCAUCGACUUUCAACUAUUCGUAAAUGUGAUUUAAUUUGUGUGCUUGAUAAGGGGCAUAUAGUGGAGAGUGGUACUCAUAUAGAACUAAUAAAACGACAUGGAGCUUAUUAUAAAAUGCUCAAUCAAAACGAUUUUCAAUAA